UAAGGGGUUUAUCAAUUUUAAUAAACUGCGCUCUACGAUUGAUCACGUACCAUAUAAUUAUCUUUGGAAGUCUAGUUACUAGCUGCAUAUUCCGCGUUUCUGAUAUGCAUGUACAUUUAGAGGAGAAAAUGAAAUCGUUAAUAGCUAUUUUACUAAGUCUCGUGAAACCAUCUUAUCAAGAAACAGAGAGAUUUCAACAACGUCCUUUUCAAGUUAUUGAACAUAAGCAAGGCCAGGUUUGCUUGAGCAACACUGAUGGUUGGUAUACAGCCCCCACCGUGCGUGCUUGUGCCUCUUUGAUAAGCAUGGAGCAAAGUCAAACUGGUGCAACAGUUUUUACCUUCGACAGUACUCACUUUAUCUGUCGAACUUACAUAGAGGAGAAUUUUAACGUUUGUUUCUUUGAUGUUUGCUCCGGCUGUGUUUCCUACAAAUGUAGUAACCCCCAAGACUCUACAUCAACCGCCUAUUACCCAGAAACAAGUUCUGUUGCACUAACCACAAAACCGGAAACAACGACUACAUACACUGGAAAUCCGGAAACCGAUUCUGUGACUAAUUCAAUGGUUACGACUACUACAGCAAAUACAGGAACCUGUGAUAGUCAUGGUAGCAUGUCUCCCCAUCCCUCGGACUGUUCGAAGUAUCUAGAGUGUGUCUGGUCCACAGUGUACACACGGGACUGUCCCGGGGGUCUACACUUCAAUGCCAACAUCAAUGUCUGCGAUCACCCCGCCAGUGCAGGGUGUCAGUAAUGACAUUGCCCCGAUGUCUGUGUCUGCUUACUUAUGACCUUGACACCAGUUACAAGUUCAAAACUCAUUCAGACAUGGCAUCUUAAGCUUUCAUGGUUAGAUGUGCAUUUUUAAAUAAAUCAUACCUGUACUUGUAUUUGAUAUUUCUGUAGACUACUUUAUCUCCUUUUUUUGUUUUUGUUUCCUUGGUGAAGUUUAGUAAAGGACCACGUUGCGUCGCCAGAACCCCAGUAUGUUUUAUUUACAUGUCAAAUUACUAAUAUUAUCCUAGUGUCUCAAGAGAAUUUCUGUUACAUAGACGUAUGAUUAGCGAAGUCGCUAGAUUUUGUUCAAUAUUUAAAAUCCGACAGCUAG